AUGUCUUUUCAUCAAGGCCCAAAUAAUGUCAAUUCCUACAACAAUGUUCAAGUGACCAAUACAAAUGGUGUACGUGAAACAGGUGUAAUAGAUAAACUUCAGCAUUCCUAUGGAUUUAUAAUUUGCUGUGAUAGGGAGGCGAGGUUAUUUUUUCAUUUUAGUGAAUAUAAUGGAAACUUGGAUACUAUGAAAACAGGUGAUGCAGUUGAAUUCCAGAUGUCAUAUGAUCGUAGAACUGGUAAACCUAUAGCUGUAGCUGUUGUUAAAAUAGAUCCAAGUAUGGUAACAUCAGAAACUGUUGAUGGUAAACGAUGCAAUGGUACUGUUGUACAAGAAGCUAAACAAAGUAAAGCUAAAAAUAACAACCAAGAUGAUAUGGGAAGAGUUACUUAUGAACACAGUGGUGAAUUUUUCUUUUUACCCUAUGCUAUAGAAGAUAUUUGUAAUGGGUUUAGAAAAUUAACAGCUGGUGAUUCUGUAUCAUUUACUGUAGCUACUGAUAAACGCACUGGUCAUGUGAGAGCUUGUCAAUUAGAAUUAAUAGAAUCACCAACUAGUUCUAAACAUCAAGGUGUAGUUUGUUCUAUGAAAGAAAGUUUUGGUUUUAUUGAGAGGUCUGAUGUGGUACGAGAAAUCUUCUUCCACUACAGUGAAUUUAAAGGCAAUAUUAAUGAUCUGAUACUAGGUGAUGAUGUAGAAUUUGGUGUUCAGAAUAGAAAUGGUAAAGAAGUAGCUAUAGAAGUAUCUAGACUACCAGAAGGAACUGUAAUAUUUGAAGAUGUAUCAGUCAACAGAAUACAAGGAAAAGUACUUAAAGAAUUAAAGAAUAGUAACAAUAGAAGACAAAGUGAUCCUCUAGGUGGCAGAUUGAUCUAUGAAACACCAAAGGGAACAAUGGAAGUACCAUAUGGUGAUAAAGAUCAAGCCGGUGAAUAUACUCUAGUACAGGGAGAUUUUGUCGAGUUCAAUAUAGCUACUGAUAGAAGAGAUAAGCUACAACGUGCUACAAAUAUUGCUUUAUUAGAGGAAACAUUUCUUAAAGUUGGUGAACAGAGAGAAACUGGAUUAGUUGUAAGUUUAAAAGAUGCCUAUGGAUUUAUUCAGUGUGUUGAUAAAGAUGUCAGGAUAUUCUUUCACUAUAGUGAACUCCUUGAUCCUACCCAUGUUCUUAAAGUACAGGAUGAGAUGGAAUUUACUGUUACUCAGGAUCCGUCCUCUCCAAGCCGCCAGAUUGCCAUUAGGAUUAAACCACUCAUCAAAGGUUCUGUAUCAUUACUUACUAUACACCCACAGAAAUUUAUUGGAACUAUAGAAAAAGAACCAAGUUCUCAUAAAUCUCAAAGUAAAAGUAAAGAGAGUGAAAACGGAAGUAUUGUAUAUGAUUAUGAUGGAAGCAUACAGAAAAUAUAUUAUACAACUAAAGACGUACUAGAUAUGAAGAACAGUCCAAGAUAUGGUGAUAAGGUUGAAUUUAGUGUUGCUGAACAGAAACGUAAUGGUGUAAAGAUAGCUAUAGAUGUAAGAGUUGUAUUACGUAAUAUAACCGGUAGAUGUCAAGGUUUUAUAGCUACAUUAAAAGAUAAUUAUGGUUUUAUAGAAAAUGCUGAACAUGAUAAGGAAGUCUUCUUUCAUUACAGUUCUUAUGAUGGUGAUAUUAGUGAACUAGAGUUAGGUGAUGAGGUAGAAUAUGUAUUAGCCAGGAAGUCUUCUAAACUUAGUGCUGAAAAUAUACACAAACUAACUAAAGGAACAGUAUCGCCAGUAGAAAUACAACGUAAUAUGGGUGUUCUACAAGGUCGUAUUAAAAGACCUAUGAGAAUAGUUAAUCCUGAACAAGAUGAAUAUUGUGGAUUAGUUCAAGUUGGUGUUGAAGCUAAUGAAAAUGCUGUUUGUUAUCAAUAUGGUAUAACUAGUUUAGCUGAUAAGAGAGAUUUUCUACAGAAAGGUGAUUUGGUCAAGUUCCAAGUAGCUCAAGUUCAGAUAACCUCAGCAUUACGUGCUGUUAAUAUAGCCGCCUCUAGAAAAUAUAUUAGAGCUACUGUAGACUCUGUAAAGGGACAGUUUGGAUUUAUAAACCAUGAAGUUGAAGAUGGUAAAAAGUUAUUUUUCCAUAUGACUGAAGUCCAUGAUGGAGUUGAAAUCACACCUGGUAAUGAAGUAGAGUUUGUUAUUGUUCAAAAUCAAAGAAAUGGCAAAUACUCAGCAUGCAGUCUUCGUAAAAUAAGUGAAAGUCGUCGACCAGAAAGAUUAAUUAGUAGAUUAAAGAGUAUGUCUGAUGAUUCAGCACCACGUAUAGUUGUUAUUAGACAACCUAAAGGACCAGAUGAAAAAUCUAAGGGUUUUGUACGACCUACAAUACCAUGGAUUGUUCCUGUCUAA